AUGUACUGGCCCAAUGGGGUUCCCCGGGUCUACGCGGUCAACGGGCCCAACAUUGCCUAUGUCCCCUCCGAUGACGAUCACGAUAUCCAGGAAUCGAUUUCGAUCCAUGACCGCAGCUCCUCCGACAUUAACGAGAACACAAACGACGAUCGUGCUCAACAUGGGUCUCCAGGCUCCCUGCCCAAUGAGUCGCGAACCAAUCUUCCCUCAGAAACAGGCAAAGCAGGAUGGGGAGAGGAAGCUAUCAAGGGAAUCUGCGUAUCUCGCUCUGGUCUGAUGUUUGCUACAAUAUCAGAGUCGUCAAUUGCUCUUUGGCAGACUAGGCCUACAGCAGUGGUUACCGCUGUCACCCGUUCUAGAUUCUCCCUGGAAACAUAUGGCCCCAAUGUCUCACUCCUCAUGCGCCCGGAUUCAACUAUACUGGUUGUGCAGACCCUGAACGGUUACCUGCUCACAUACUCGGUGGCAUCGGCCUCAACAACUCGAGUUUAUCAACAACGAUUCGACCAUUCCACACAUCAUCGCCGUCAACAGUUAGCUCUGUUCUCUUCAGUUGAAGAGGCCAAUGUGGUUGGCGACCUGAGCAUCCGCUUCCGAAUGGCGAUCAAGGUCGAGUCGGGAAUCGUCAAGGCGCUGGCGCUGGACCAAGAACUUGUCGUCGCCACUGUGAAACCACCAGCCAUACAAUGCAUUCGCUGGACGCCUGAGGCGGGAACAACCCAAACCACCUCAGAGUUAUUGAGUCGCAUUCUGAAAACCCCCAAGAAGGUCUCUAUCGUGGACAUGGUUUAUGAUCGUGCAAUGAAUCUUCUGAUCUGGAUUACCAGCAAUGGUCAAGCAUAUGCUGUGCAACGCGAUUUGGGGACACAGCAAGACCAUGAAGUAAAAAGUCUGUUUCAUGGACAUUGCUUCCACGAUCCGAAAGAUGACGGAGAAAAGGCGCUCAAGGUGACUGUGAAUGCCCGGUUCUCCCUUUUAACGCUGAGCUGCUCCAACGGUGAGGUCCUAGUCUACACUGCGAAGGAUUACAUGGGCAACAUCCCACUUUCACAGAAGCUCCAUCUGCCAGCAACGCCUGCUACCACCGGCGCUCUAACUUUCAUGAGCUAUUCCCCAGAUGGAUAUUGUCUCUUUGCUGGGUUUGAAAAUGGCUGGGCAAUAUGGAGUGUCUUUGGAAAGGCCGGGGGGAAUAGCUUUUCGGUGGACUCGAAGUUGGCAAAGACCAAUGGGGAGGAUUGGUUGACUGGAGUUGCGGACGGAUGUUGGAUUGGCGGUGGGUCAGAUAUCAUUUUGUCUGGACGGAACGACCGUCGCCUGUGGGCGCUGGAGACAGCCCGCAGUGCCUUGACUGGUUGCUUUUCGUCUGCAAAUUUGGCUCGAGGCUUGCUGCAAACGGGGACUGAGUUCAUCCUCUACCGAGGGCAUGAUCUUCCAGAUCUCAUGACGAUCUCAGGAAAGGAUUCAUUGUGGCAUCAUGCCCAGUACCCUCCCGCAUAUCUCCAUUCACAGUGGCCGAUUCGAUCUUGCGUCGUGUCCCAAGAUGGACGAUAUGUUGCAAUCGCAGGUCGACGGGGUCUCGCACACUACAGCGUCAACAGUGGACGAUGGAAAGUAUUUGAAGAUUCACAGGCCGAGCAUUCGUUCGCGGUGCGGGGAGGCAUGUGUUGGUACGGUCACAUACUGAUCACAGCAGUCGAGAGCGACGGGUCAUACGAGAUCCGCCUGUAUUCACGCGAGGCUUCUCUCGGUAACAAUUCGAUCAUGUUCACCGAAUAUUUACCAUCUCCGGUUGUGUUCAUUGGCGCCUCUGGGGAAGAUUCUCUUUUGGUCUAUACCUACGAUAACAUUCUGUACCAUUAUAUCAUCAACUCAACACAACCCCAAAUAACCCUCGUCCCAGUUGGGCAGAUCGCGUUCAAUGGCAUUGUCCGCGCACCAACUCGCGUCCGAUCAAUCAGCUGGGUCUUACCCGAGGAGCAAAUACGAAAUGGUGAGCCAUCGCAAGACGUGAAAGUCGCAUCCGUUCUUCUACUCGUUGACGGAAAUUUGGUCCUGUUGCAGCCCACUGUGUCGGAUGCCGGCGAUCUCAAAUACGACAUGCGCGUAAUAUCCCAUGAUGUGGAGUAUUACAUCUUGAUGCGUGACCAGUUAUCCUUCAAUUUCUCACCCCAGAUGGAUGAACCCUUGCCUGCAAGUCCUUCGGUUGACAUGGCACUGGAGCCCCCUCACAACAGUCUGUCACUUAGGGACUCGCUAUGGAUGUUCCGUGGCCAAGAUUUGUUAGCUUGGAAUGAUGUUGAAGAUAUUUUGCGGGAGGAGACGGUGCCGGCGCCACUCAGUAUCCCUCUGGACUUUUAUCCACUGUCUGUCUUGCUGAACAAGGGCAUCGUGCUCGGCGUUGAAUCAGAAAUGAUCCAACGACGCGACGUGACAUUUACUGUUCUGAAGUUUGCCAUCCGGACGCACCUCUUCCUCCCAUAUAUCCUCCAAUAUGGCCUUAUCAAUGUUGGCACAGCUGCUGCCCUUGCUCUUUGUCGUCACUUCUCUCAUCUGUCUUAUUUUGCCCAUGGACUGGAGAUCCUGCUUCAUCACGUACUGGAUGACGAAGUGGACAAUAUCAGCCGAGCCAAUAAGAGUUUGAAACCACAAGAACGCGCGGAACCACUUCUUCCCACUGUCAUCGCUUUUCUUCAGGCGUCUCUGCCGGUCAGGGAGUACCUUGAGAUUGUUGUGCAAUGCACACGGAAAACCGAGCUCCGGUCAUGGCGAACGCUUUUCACCUACCUGCCUCCACCCAAAGACCUGUUCGAACAGGCCUUGAAACUUGAUGCCCUCAAAACCGCCGUUGGUUACCUGCUUGUGCUGCAAGCUUUUGAGGACGAUGAGGAGCAAGGGAAUGACGGCCGCAUCGAAGAAUACGUCGUUCGUUUAAUUGCUCUCGCCUCCCAAAAGGGCGACUGGGAGUUGUGUGCUGAGCUGGCCCGCUUCCUCAUUGCACUGGAUGCUUCUGGGGAUAUGCUCAAGCGCGCGAUUGCCCGAGUUGGUCUACGAUCCGACUCACGGCCUGCCACCAAGGGCGCACCCUCUGGCGCGGUCACUCGGUUUGGAUCUGCGGAAAUCCAUGGCCUGGGGUUGAACCUAGCAGUCAGGUCGCCAUCGUGGUCAUCUCUUUCCCGAACCUCGUCCCUGUCCCCUCUUCCCAGCGGGCGAGAUGGUGAUCUAUCAGAUGAAAACCCAUAUUCUGCAGAAGAUCCAUCUUGA